CCCUCACUUCGCUUACAGCAAUCGACUACUCGUGAUGAGUAGAGACCGUAGGCCAGAUCCUCCUUCAGAAGCCUGCGAGGCAACCGUUCGUGAAAGCUCGAGCCGACCCCGUAGUCGAGUCAAGCAGACCAUCCGGAAAUUUGCGAAAGGCAUCGCCAGGAAACUCUUUAAACUCUUCAAGUCUUCCCGCAGGCGCACUCCUGCGAUACAGAAUGCGGACCUUCAGGAUACUUCGUUGAAUCAGAAUAUCGAGGCAGGCGCCCAGGACACGCCACGUACACUUCCUUUCACGGACGACAAGCAUCCCACCACAGUCGAAAAUCCCAGCAGCCAAGGCACAUCCGGAGAACCCGCUUUGAAGAUUCCCGACAUCUCCUCUCGCGUCGAGGAAGCCCCUGGUCCCAAAUUAACUGCUGCCGAACUUCAGCGUGCCCACGAGGCUUCGGAACAUAUGAAAACAUUCGGGGGGCGUGCGCAGCCUGCGACAUCCGCCGCCGCGAACGCCCCAGCUGGUCUCGCUGCUGCAGAUGAAUUCCAGACCAAUUACCUCCAACCUCUCAAAAUUUUCGACAGUGCCAUCGACAAGAUCACAGAUGUGCAUCCAUAUGCGAAGAUGGCGUUGGGCGUACUUUCUGUUGCAGCCAAAAUUAUUCUUGCUCAAGCGGAGCGGGACGAGUCGGUGGAUCGUCUUCUCCAGAAAUUAGAUGAAGUCUAUGGCUUCAUUACCAGAGACGAGAAUCUUUCCAAGGUUAAAUCGAUGCAUGAUGUCAUCGGGAAGAUUGCUCAGCAGACUCUGGAGUGCGCCCGUUUCAUCAGGGAAUACUCGGAGACGAAGAGCUUCUGGAAGAGGGCCGGUAAAAACAUCAUCAAGGAAACGGAUGAUAUCAUCACACAGUACAACGCCGCCUUGGACGGCCUUAUGCAGCAAUUCCGGGAUCAAACACUUCAGGACGUAGCCAUCUUUGUCCAGUUUGCGGGCGAUACACUGGAUCUCGGGGAUAUUGCUUAUGCAAAUGGCGCAGGACUAAAUACCAAGAAACAGUGCCUACCAGGGAUGCGCAAGGAGAUUCUUUCCCAAAUUACGGACUGGAUCAACGACAGCGGAGAUGCUGCUAAACGUGUGAUGUGGCUAUCUGGUCCUGCAGGCAAGGGCAAAUCAGCCAUCGCGCACACGAUCGCCGACUGGUUCGAGGAAACGGGAGGUCUCGGUUCAUGUUUUUGUUUCGAUCGACAUGGAGAAGCAGACCGUCGUCACGAAAAGAUUUUCUCCACCAUCGCGCGCGAUCUGGCUGAUCGUGAUCCGGGGAUGAAACGAGCGUUAGCAAAUGCAGUCAAGAAUGCGACCUCGCUCAAGAAUACGAAGGACAUCAUCCAGCAGUGGCGUAAGCUUCUCAUGGAACCGCUGAAGAAGUUCCCUGGGUCAUGCGUAGGACCUGUCUUGAUCGUGAUUGAUGCGCUGGACGAGAGCGGCGGAGUAGAGACGCGGCAGGACCUUCUCCGCAUACUGGCCGGUAGACUUCAGGACAAAGGACUCCCCCAAAUCACCGAACUCCCUUCCAACUUUCGAAUUCUCGUCACCUCUCGCCCACUCCAUGAUAUCGAAAAGGAGUUUGAGGGUGCUGAUCAUAUUCUCAGGUUGUCCAUGGACGAGAUUCGAGCAGAAGUAGCGGAACUCGACAUCCGCGCUUUUGUAUCUGACAAACUGCAAGGGUUGCCGAAUUUUGGGCGCAAGCAGUUUGCAAACCUCGCUGCGAAAGCCGAUGGGCUUUUUGAGUGGGCACGUCUUGCAUGCGAAUACAUCAAGGAAGACCUUCCCGGGAUAAAUCGAAGGUCUCGCUUUGAAACUGUCGUGAACCGCGAUCCUGGGAAGUGGACAAACAAGCUGUAUGAUAUGUAUCGGCUUAUUUUGACAGAUAUCUUGCCACGAGACCGGUAUGGCGAAGUCGAGUACCAGGAAGCACUGGCGGAGUUUCGUUCGGUGAUAGGACAAAUACUUGGCAUGGUCGAACCUCUGCCUUUGAAUUCCCUCACCGCCAUGCGGAACUGUUUUCCAAAUCACACCAAACAUUACCAAGUGGACAUUGUAAAACAUAUGGGAUCCCUCCUCAGUGGCACAACGGACCCACUUAUUCCCGUCAGACCCCUUCACGCAUCCUUUCAAGAGUUUCUCAGAGACAAGUCAUCCAGCGGAGACUUUUUCGUUGACAUCACGAAGGCGCAACAACACGACUUCGCAUUUGCGUCACUAUGA